CUUUCAACUUCCACCCACCCGGAAGAUGUUAGCCGCCCAGCCACGUCAUCGGUCUCAGCCGAAGAUGACAAGUUACCGACCGUCAUAUCAGCUGCUGAACUAACAAUUGCACCCAUCACCUCUGAGGAAGAACAAACACCAAUAGAGCCUUCUCUGGCCGCAGCCCCUGAUGGCUUGGCACAUCCACUUGCAGGUGCUGACGACCCUCCGGCCCCCACUCCUGCCCCAGGGUCAGAAGCCACUUCCUCAGUGUACAUGCCCACAGGUGAUGGACUGUCAGCUACUGUACCCACAACAGGUCCUCCUAACCUUCACUCCACACUCAGGCCAACAGGUCAAGCGUUGUCAGCAGCCGUGCCCACCACAGAGCCGGCGAUGCUUCCCACAGCUCCCACCCCGGCAGGUGACAGAUCUGCAACCGUAGCCCCAAGGGAGCCUGCAGCCCUGCAGUCCACACCCAUGCCCCCCGCAGCAGCCUACGAGAACCCACUUCCCACAUCACCAGUGAUACCAGCGGCUCAACACCCACCUUCUUCUGCUCCUCCAGGAGGCUGGGCGCCCGUGCGGCUGGUGGACGGCCACAGGAGCUGCGCAGGCCGUGUGGAACUGUUCUACCAGGGAGGCUGGGGGACGGUGUGUGAUGACCUCUGGGACCUGCCGGAAGCCAACGUCGUUUGCAGAAAGCUGGGGUGUGGCUGGGCCGUUUCAGCCCCGGGCGAGGCCCACUUUGGGGAUGGUUCUGGAAAAAUCCUCCUUGACAACGUGCACUGCAGAGGAGACGAACAGCACCUGGAGGAGUGUUCCCACGCCGGCUGGUUUGCCCACAACUGUGGGCACCAGGAGGAUGCCGGCGUGAUCUGUUCAGAUGCUGAAGACCCAGCGGCCUCACCAACAGAUCACCCUUUGGCUACGGCGGCAGGGACAAAAGGUGCAGAAAAAGCUCAGUGUGGCAGCAUUAUUACUAACCCAUCUGGAGCGAUCAAGAAUCCCCCUCGGAAUGAAAUGCACGACAACAUAACGUGUGUGUGGCAAAUCAAGGCAAACACAUCGGACCACAUACUGCUGGCGUUUCCGAAACUCAGCCUUGACUGUACCAAUGAAUAUUUUGAAAUCCUGGACGGCCCUCCAUCCUCAGCAAAGUCCCUGGGGAAGACCUGCUUUGGUACCCACCUCACCUACGUGUCCUCCUCCAGCACAAUGACCCUUGUGUAUUUUCGAAGCUUCAACAACAUAGGGAAAACCUUUAUUGCCUAUUAUUAUUCUGAAACCAAAGCAAGGGCCAGGGUGACCCACUGA